GGUGAACUUCAUGCAUAGAUCUCAAUUCUCAUCCAAUACGCAAGAAAAAAACAAGCAUUAAACAAUAAAUUCCAUCAUUUUCACUCCCACCACUCUGAAAAAUAUCGGGUAUUGGAAGAAAAAUCUCAGCAAGAAUUUCAUAUUCUUUGUUCUUUUACAUACAAGGGAACUAUUCAAUCCAAUCCCAUUUUUUGAUUCUCCUCUCUGUUUCUUGAAAUCUUCUUGAUGGGUUUUCCUCAUAGAAAAUUUUUGUCAGAAGAUAAAGAUAAAGUUCCUACAGCUGAUAAGGGCUAUGAUGAUCAUCAUAAGUGCAAGAACGGAUUUGUUUUGCCAACUCCAUCUCUAGUUCCACCUAGAUCAAACCAUCAAAUGCCCCCCAUUUUGAUUCUUAUGCUUUGUAUUCUUGCGGCUGCUUUUGUGUUUCUCGUCUUUUUCACAGUCCGUAGAUACCGUUGGAAUUUGAGAAAUUCUAGGAGGAGAAAUUCACAAACUGUAGAGAAUGCUAACAAUCGGGAGGAUUUUAUUGAUGAGAAUCAGGGGCCAAUGGUGGAUCAUCCCAUAUGGUAUAUUCGUACCGUUGGGCUUCAACAAUCAGUAAUUGAUUCUAUUGCUGUGUUUAAGUACGAAAAGGGCCAGGGUUUGAUUGAAGGGACAGACUGUUCUGUUUGUCUGAAUGAGUUUCAAGAAGAUGAGAAUCUUUGGCUUUUGCCAAAGUGUAGCCAUGCUUUUCAUGUACCUUGUAUAGAUACUUGGUUAAGAUCACAUCAAAAUUGUCCCGUUUGUCGCGCUCCAAUAGUCAGCAAUACGAAUUCAGCUCCGGUGAGCUCGGUGUUAACAAACUCGAAUGAUUUAGCUCCGAGGGAAGAGGCUCGAAUGGAAAGUGAAGUGGAUCAACGCGCAAUGGAAACAGAUGAAACUAGGGAAAUGAGGGUUGGGAUUGAAAAUGGAUCAUCAACACAAAUUGAAGAUGGAAAAGUGGCUGACUUUUUGCAAAAGAACUCAAUUCGCCUUAAUCUGAGGAACAGUAAGCAACGAGUAGUAAGUGAUUUGGUUGAUAAUCGGAUGAAAUUAGAUGAGGAGUUGCAACCUGUCAGGAGAUCAAUAUCAAUGGAUUUUUCUUCUGCUUCAAUGAUUUAUAAUGCGGUGGUUGACAUUCAGGCGAAAAAAGAUGAAGGGUGUUCAGAUUCUAGACUGGCAAUUGUGGAGAAGCAAAAUUCAGAUAUGAAUGCAAAGACGAGGAGCAAAAAUUCAAGCAUAUACAGGCUAAUAAAGAGUGCUUCGUCUGGGCGUUCCCUGCAGAAAGGGCCUAUUUCAAUGAAGAGGUCAUCUUCUUAUGUUGCCAAGCACUCCCUAGGAAAGUACAGUGCAAGCCAGGAUUCAAUCCAAACUCAACCAUAAGAUCAAGAUCGACGUCAUAUCAUAUAUUAAUUUUCUCUAAUAAUGUCUACUUAUAGCUUGACAGAGGCAUAGAAUUUUGAAAGCAUAAUGAAUGAGCUGAUUAGUCUAUGAGGUUAUGGUUGGUGGCGGCAUGGAAUAUGGAAUUCGAGGUUUUAACAAAAAUGAAAGGAGAAAAGUAUGUGAUUUGGUCAGUGUUAUUCUUGAAAUGUAUUCUUGCACAAUUAUGUGUAAGAUUAUUGUUUUUGUGGAAAUCAAAUCAAAAUAUGGCUUUCUUUUAAAUCA